GUAAUGAAUUAAAUCUUGAAUUUUCGAAAAUCCACUGUGAGAAAUGCAUUUAAAACCGUGUUCCUGGGCUGAUGAAUUUGUCCCAAACUAAUCAUAUGCUCUCUCUGCUAUUACAACUCUUUUUUCGUGUUUAUUAGUCUGUGCCUGUGACUUUUUUGCCUCUCAUGACGAACGCCUCAAGAUUCUUGCAACCCCACAGCCCUGUCUAGUCCAUGCCAUUGUCUCCAUACCUGUUGCUCAUUCAUCUCUUCUUCCUUUUCAGUUUCCACAGGCCAUAUAGCUGCUUUAAAUCAAGUUCAGUAGCCCACCUCCGUUUUGAUUCCUGCAGGCUGCAUCAGCCCUUUGUCUUUUGCCGUUUAAAGACUUGUGUGUGUAUAAUUUGCCUUGAUGAUAUCAACUUGUUGUAGCUGUGCCCAAUAAUCAGGUCUCUGCACUUCUCUCACAUCAUUUAUAGCUUCUUUUUUCCCUGCAAAGUUCAUUAAAUUACUAUGGAAAAAGUUAGUCCUUCUAGGGUGCUGAAAUGAACUGCCCAAAUAGAGAAUAGGAGUAGUAAUUCUUGAACAAGAAUGGGGAGUGAUACAAUUACUCCCUCUCAGAAGGCUUCAAACUAUGAUGAAAUCUUCAUGCAAAACAGCUUGCACUUUGCAGAUAGCUUGAAGGAUUUGAAGAAUCUGAGGAAACAGCUUUAUUCAGCAGCAGAGUAUUUUGAGUCAUCCUAUGGCAAGAAUGACCACAAACAACUUGUGAUAGAGUCGUCGAAAGAUUAUGUCGCUAAAGCUCUUGUAAGUACAGUGGACCAUUUGGGAUCCGUGGCUGAUAAACUCAACAGAUUCCUGGAUGAAAAAGCUAAUGAACUCUCUGCAACAAAGAUUAGAUUUUCUUGCAUUGAACAGAGAUUAAAGACGUCCCAUCGGUUUAUCGACUUGAGAGGCAUAACGCAACAUUCAUUGAUGAUAGAAACUCCCAAGCACCAUAAGCGGUACAUUGUUCCAGGUGCUGACACUUUUCAGUUUGUUAAAACAAAGUUAAUGUACAGAAAUUGCAUCUCAUGUCCGCAGUAUGACAUGCACCCAACUAAGAAAGAUAAUCCAUUUGCUAAAGCUUUUCAACCAGCAAGAGUAAUGUCAACACCACCAUUGUCACGAAAGGGACAAUCAAGGAUUUCUUCAAGUGAAUCAUCUCCAAAUCCUCCCAACUUUUCUUUCACAAGGGUCACAUCUAACAAAGAAGCAAGGAUGCGCUCAGUUUCACCGCUGCGUUUCCCCCUCAUGAGGUCAGGAUCAGUUGCUAAUAGAUCAGUCUCUCCCAGCCCCGCUGACAGUAAACAACGGCUACAGAGCCCAUCAGAGCCUCGGAGAGCAAUCUCAGUGUUCACAAGACCUGGGAUGACAAACAGGGAAAUAGAGAUUCAAUCUUAUACCAAAAGAAGUAAGCAUAUGUUCAAAGCCUUGCUCAGCGUUCAUCGUUCAAGAAACGAAAUUGAACGAAGCAGAUGAUCAUUCAGGGAUGAUCUACGGGCCGUGAACAAGAAUCCUAGUGAAGUUCAUAGGAGGGAGAUAGAGAUUUGUUCAGGUUUCUCCUUCAGCAGUUGUCUUCUGAUAGAUGUGCAUCAUAAAAUGUUGCUUGUCCUGUAGAUAGGCUAUGUUCCUAGUGGUUGGAUUGAAGAAGUUAAAUCCAUUUUCUGGUGUAGCUACUUGGUAGUUGAUAAUAUUACUGCUUUUGCUACAGAAUUAAGUCAAUUAUUUGAUUCUUACACUAAUUUA